AUGGUAGACAUUCUAGCUUCUAGGACUACAUUGGGUCCUCUAAUCCCAUACGUAGGAUCAACUGGGCCUCGGCAGACUGGUAUCCCAAUUACUGUAACUGUUUCUUCAGUUUGGCGUCGUGGGCACUGGAUGGAAAGGUCUAGGAGCAUUGAACAGAUGCUCAUACACAUCACAUCUAUUGCUAUCUCCGAUGAUGAAGUGGACUAG